AACAGCUUAGCUCUUAAUUAAUCUCAUUAGUUGCACAUUAAUUCUCCAAAAGAGUAACUAAUUCUCACUUCGAAGUUCACACACGCUCACACUCAAACUCACACACUCGCACUCACUCUUUGGAAUCACACAAAUCUCAGACACAACGAAGCAGUGGGUGUGUGUGAGAGUUGUGAUAACGGUGGUUUUAACGUCUUUUGGCUUUUAUUCCCUUUUACACCUCAACUUGCAUUUCGCCUUCACUUUCUCGAAUCUCAGAUCGAAAUCAAGGCAGUGUCUACGUUCAUCUGCACUGCUGAUGUAUAUACCAACCAGAUAACUGCAUGGUGGAGAGAGACAUUUCAGACACUUUUUGUCUCUGAUGAAUUUCACUAGCUCUACUAUUCUUCAACACUGUUGCUAUGGGCAUUUGUCUGAUAAAAGGCCAAUGGCUGUGGCUUCUGUAUGUUUUGCUGAUGCAUAUUGUAAUUGUAAUUAAUAACAUUGAAGCGAUCAGUCCUGAUGGCGAGGCACUUGUCAGCUUCAGGACAACAAUUAUUAGCUCUGAUGGUAUCCUGGUUCAGUGGAGGCCUGAGGAUCCUGACCCAUGUAAAUGGAAAGGAGUGAAGUGUGAUCUAAAAACCAAGAGAGUGACCCAUUUGAUUCUAUCACACCAUAAGUUAAGUGGGUCUUUAUCACCUGACCUUGGGAAGUUAGAUCGUCUGAAAGUUCUUGCUCUUCAUAACAACAACCUUUAUGGGAUAAUUCCACCAGAAUUGGGAAAUUGCACGGAAUUGCAGGGAAUCUUUUUACAGGGUAAUUACCUUAGUGGAAUAAUUCCAAGUGAAAUAGGAAAUCUCUCGCAGCUUCAAAAUUUGGAUAUAUCAAGCAAUUCCCUUGGAGGGAGUAUUCCAGUAUCAAUUGGAAAGUUGUAUAAUCUAAAAAAGUUCAAUGUAUCGACCAAUUUUCUGGUCGGACCAAUACCUUCUGAUGGUGUCCUUGCCCACUUUACAGAAAGCUCGUUUGUUGGAAACCGAGGUUUGUGUGGAGUACAAAUUGAUUCAACAUGUAAAGAUGGUUCGCCUGGGGAAAAACCUUCAGACCAAAAUCAAAAUGAAAAGAAGAAAUAUUCUGGCCGACUUCUCAUCAGUGCAUUAGCAACUGUGGGCGCACUACUUUUGGUGGCACUUAUGUGUUUCUGGGGUUGUUUUCUUUAUAAAAAGUUCGGUAAAAACGAUAGAGUUAGUCUUGCAGUGGACGUUGGUCCAGGUGCAUCAAUAGUGAUGUUUCAUGGAGACCUACCAUAUUCUUCGAAAGACGUUAUUAAGAAACUAGAGACUUUGAAUGAGGAACACAUAAUAGGAGUAGGGGGAUUUGGAACUGUUUACAAGCUUGCAAUGGAUGAUGGGAAUGUAUUUGCAUUGAAAAGGAUUGUAAAGAUGAAUGAGGGCUUUGAUCGAUUUUUUGAGAGGGAGCUUGCAAUUCUUGGUAGCAUCAAACACCGUUAUUUAGUGAACUUACGUGGAUAUUGCAACUCACCUACCUCAAAGUUGUUAAUAUAUGACUACCUACCUGGUGGUAGUCUAGAUGAAGUUCUUCAUGAAAGAUCUGAGCAACUAGACUGGGACUCACGGUUGAAUAUAAUAAUGGGAGCUGCAAAAGGGCUCGCAUACUUGCACCAUGAUUGUUCACCUAGGAUCAUACACCGAGAUAUAAAAUCAAGCAACAUUUUACUCGAUGGAAAAUUGGAUGCUCGGGUUUCUGAUUUUGGACUUGCCAAACUUCUGGAAGAUGAAGAAUCUCACAUCACUACUAUUGUUGCUGGAACAUUCGGUUAUCUAGCUCCAGAGUAUAUGCAAAGUGGCAGAGCAACUGAGAAGACGGAUGUUUAUAGUUUCGGGGUGUUGACACUUGAAGUGCUUAGUGGAAAGCGGCCAACGGAUGCAUCUUUCAUUGAAAAGGGUCUCAAUAUUGUUGGUUGGUUGAAUUUCCUUAUUACCGAAAAUAGGCCGAGGGAAAUUGUGGAUCUACUAUGUGAGGGGGUGCAGGUGGAGAGCCUUGAUGCUUUGCUCUCUGUGGCUAUUCAGUGUGUUUCCUCAAGUCCAGAGGAUCGACCCACUAUGCAUCGAGUGGUCCAGUUGCUUGAAUCGGAGGUCGUAACUCCUUGCCCAAGUGACUUCUAUGACUCAGAGUAGAAAGGUUGCGAAGACAAAUCAACUGUAUAUUGUGUUUGCAUCCAUGUCGCUGCAAAUUACUUGCGUCAGAUGACAGGUUAAGAAUCUGCAUGCAACUUCUCAUCUCAAGUGCAUUCAUUCAAAAUGUAAGUUUAUGAUGGAAGAUGUCCUUCAUGACAGCACUUCAUGACAGAAGGUGCUGUUAUUCAACGGAUAUCAUCAUUCAACAUUUUCAUAAAUUUCUUUGCCUUCCUGAUGGAGUUGCAUGUUAUAUUUGAUCGUGGUUCCCCCUUCCACUUGUCCUUUGUUAGCAUUUGUAAUCUAAGUCACAUUGUUCACUCCAAUUUAAGUGUAUAUGAGUAUGUAUAAUUUCAGAAAGUCCACUUUUGCAAGUGAUUCUUGUUAUUUAUUUUUUGUAAUAUAUGUUUCCAUAAAAGAAUCCAUCUAAUGAAGGUGGUUCUCAGUUUCUCA